AGGUCACAGCAUUAACAUUCAGUGGGAAUACAGUGAAAAUCUGAUUCCAACACUGGCAUUGCUGGGGCUUGUAACCGAUUUUUUCUUUUACUUUGCAAAAGUUUCUGAUGGGCGGAGCAUCUGGUAAUCCCUUUCAUUCCCAAACUGUGUCUCACUUCCUGCUCUAAUCACAACUUUUAGCAGAAGAGCAGCUGACAUAGUGUAAGCAGUGUCGGCUAUUAAAUGUGCCCCUAAACGAUCCUCAAAAUGAGAUUUCCAGCACAGAUUGUUUGGCUUAUGUGGUGGACCGUUUGUGUUGCAGAAGAUUGUAAAGGACCUCCUCCAAGAAAACAAACUGAAAUUUUAUCAGGUGUCUGGUCUGAACAAAACUAUCCAGAGGGAACUCAGGCUACAUAUAAAUGCCGACCUGGAUAUAUAACUCUUGGAUCUAUUAUAAUGGAAUGCAAGAAUGGAGAAUGGGUGGCUCUUAAUCCACUGAAAAUAUGUGAGAAAAGGCCCUGUGGACAUCCUGGAGAUACAUCUUUUGGUACUUUUCAACUUGAAAGAGGAGAAAAGUUUGAAUAUGGUGCAAAGGUUGUUUACACAUGUAAUGAGGGGUAUCAGAUGCUAGGUAGCAUCAAUUUCCGUGAGUGUGAAUCUGAUGGAUGGACCAAUGAUGUUCCUAUAUGUGAAGUUGUUAAGUGUUUACCAGUGACACAUCCAGAGAAUGGGAGAUUGACCAGUAGCGCAUUGGAACUAGACAAGGAAUAUACUUUUGGACAAGUAGUACGGUUUGUGUGCAAUUCAGGCUUCAUGCUUGUUGGGCCUGCAGAAAUACAUUGCUCAACGAAUGGUGUUUGGAGUGGAGAAAGCCCAAAAUGUGUGGAAAUUUCCUGCCAAAAGCCAGAAAUCGCAAAUGGAAAUGCUGCAUCUCUGAAGAAAACUUACAAGGAAAAUGAACGAUUUCAGUAUACAUGUCACCAGGGUUAUGAAUACAGUAGUAAAGGAGAUGCCAUAUGCACUGCAUCGGGAUGGACUCCAACCCCUUCAUGUAAAGAAUUCUUAUGUCCUUCUCCUAAUAUUCAAAAUGGUGACUACACGCCCCAAAGCAUCAGAUACAGAAGUGGAGAUGAAAUCACAUAUAAUUGUAAACCUGGCUUUUAUCCUUCAAACCGAGAAAAAAUGGCAACAUGUACUAAAACUGUCUGGGUACCUCAGCCAAGAUGUGAGAAACGUUGUGAUUUUCCAGAAAUAAAACAUGGACUACUACACAAUGAAUAUAACUAUAGACGAGACUUUCCAGUAUCUGUAGGAAAAAAAUAUUACUAUUCCUGUGACCACAAUUUCGUGACAGAUAAAAAACAGAACGGGGGAUAUAUUCAUUGCACACAAGAAGGAUGGUCACCAGCAGUACCGUGCCGCAGACAAUGUAUUUUUAAUUAUUUGAUAAAUGGAGAAUAUCCAUAUCCAGCAAAAAUGUAUUUCCAAGGUGACUCUGUAAGUGUUAACUGCUAUGCUGGCUACAGUCUUCAAAAUGAGCAGACUGUAAUGACCUGUACAGAAGAUGACUGGGUGCCUGCUCCCGAAUGCCUUCCUCCUGGGAAUCGUUGUGAUUUUCCAGAAAUAAAACAUGGUAGUCUACACCAUGAAAGUAACUAUAGACAAAACUUUCCAGUACGUGUAGGAGAAAAAUAUUGGUAUUCCUGUGAUCAAAAUUUUGUGACUGUUUCACAAAAGCCCUGGGAACAUAUUCAUUGCACACAAGAAGGAUGGUCACCAGCAGUACCAUGCCGCAGACAAUGUAUCUUCAAUCAUUUGAAAAAUGGAGAGUAUCCAAAACAAGGAGUUAAAUAUUUACAAGGUGAAAAUGUAAGCGUUAACUGCAAUUCUGGCCACAGUCUUCAAAAUGAGCAGACUGUAAUGACCUGUACAGAGGAUGGCUGGUUCCCUCCUCCUGAAUGCAUUCCUUUCAAAACAUGUUCAAAAUCAGAGAUAACAAUUGAAAAUGGAUUUUUUUCUGAAUAUGAACCUACAUAUUCCUUAAAUAAAGAAACACAGUAUCAAUGUAAACCAGGAUAUGUAACACCAGAUGGUAAAACUUCAGGAUCAGUUACAUGUCUGGAAAGUGGAUGGUCACCUCAACCCACAUGUAUUAAAUCUUGUGACAUGCCAGCAUUUGAGAAUGCCAAAGCCAAAAGCAAUGUCACGUGGUUUAAACUCAAUGACAAGUUGGACUAUGAAUGCCACGAUGGAUACAAAAGCCAAGAUGGGCGCGCAGGUUCAAUAGUGUGUAGGAACAAUGGUUGGUCUCAUAAACCAAUAUGUUAUGAAAUAGAAUGCAAGAUUCCUGAAAUCGAAGAUAACUUAAAUAUUCAGCCUAAAGAAGACAAAUAUAGAGUCGGAGAUGUGUUGAAAUUUUUCUGCACACAAAGACUUAAAAGAGUUGGACCAGAUUCAGUUCAGUGUUACGACUUUGGAUGGUCCCCUAAUCUUCCAACAUGUAAAGAGCAAACAAAACAGUGUUCUCCACCUCCUCAACUCCUUAAUGGGAAAGUUAAAGAAACACAGAAAGAAAACUAUGAACACAACGAUUUGGUGGAAUAUGUGUGCAAUCCUAGAUUUCUGAUGAAGGGUUUUAAUAAAAUUCAGUGUGUUGAUGGACAGUGGACAGACUUGCCUAUUUGUAUUGAGGUGGAGACUACAUGUGGAGAUAUACCAGAACUUAAUUACGGCUAUGCUGUUCAGACUUCUAACCCUUCCUAUCACCACGGAGAUUCAGUGGAGUUCAAUUGCAGAGAAGGAUUCACAAUGAUUGGACAGAAAUCAAUUACAUGUAUAAGUGGAUUAUGGACCCAACUUCCUCAGUGCAUUGCAACAGAUGAACUUCAGAAGUGUAAAUACAGCUUAACUAUACGUGAGGUAAAUCCAUUGAAAACCGAAUUUGAUCAUAAUGAGAACAUAACUUACAAAUGUAGAGGAAAAUUAGAACAGAAACACUCAACGUGCAUAAAUGGAAGAUGGGAUCCUGAACUAAACUGCACAGAAGUACAAAUGCAGUCAUGCCCACCUCCACCUCAGAUUCCCAAUGCUCACAAUAUGGCAACGACGGUAAAUUAUCAGGAUGGAGAAAAAGUAUCUGUUGUCUGUCAAGACAAUUAUAUAAUUCAGGAUGCAGAGGAAAUCGUGUGCAAGGAUGGAAGAUGGCAGUCAAUACCACACUGCGUUGAAAAAAGCCCAUGUCCUCAACCACCUCAGAUAGAACAUGGAACCAUUAAAUCAUCUCAAUUUUCAGAAGAGAUGGACGAAACAUUGAAACCUGAGGUUUAUGUACAUGGCACCAAAUUAAAAUACACUUGCGAGGAUGGUUUCAGGAUAUCUGGAAAAGAUGAGAUAACGUGCCACAUGGGAAAAUGGAGUUCUCCACCUCGGUGUGUAGGACUUUCCUGUGCGCCACCACACUUGAUUCCACAUGGUAUUCUAUCUCACGUAUCAGACAGUUACCAAUAUGGAGAAGAAGUAACGUACAAAUGCACCAAAGGUUUUGAGAUUAAUGGACCUGCAUUCAUAAGAUGUUUAGGAGGAAAAUGGUCCCAUCCACCAGAGUGCAAAAACACGGAUUGUUUUAGCUUACCCGACUUCGGUAAUGCCACACCCAUAGGCCAGAAGAAGACGUCAUAUAGGUCAGGAGAAAAAGUGACUUAUAAAUGUCCAAAUAAUUACCUUUUGGAUGGACCAAAUACUAUCCAGUGUAUUAACAGCCAAUGGAUAGGAAAGCCAAUAUGCAGAGAUAUUUCCUGUGGGAAUCCACCCAGAGUGAAAAAUGCUAUUAUACCGAAUGAGAUGUCUAAGUAUCUACCUGGUCAGAGGGCACGUUAUGAAUGCAUCAUACCUUUUUACCUGGUUGGGGGCAGAGAAGUGACAUGUUCAAAUGGGAACUGGACACAACCACCUCAGUGCCUAGACCCUAAAGAAAAAUGUGGGCCCCCUCCGGCUAUUGACAAUGGAGACAUGACCACAUUCCCAACAUCAGAAUAUGCUCCAGGGUCAUCUGUUGAGUACCAGUGCCAGUCCUUGUAUGUGCUUGAGGGAAAUAAGCUCAUCACAUGCAGAUAUGGACAGUGGUCAGAACCGCCAAAGUGCUUGGGGAAUCGUUGUGAUUUUCCACAAAUAAAACAUGGUAGUCUAUACUAUGAAAUUAUCUAUAGACGAGACUUUCCAGUACGUGUAGGAAAAAAAUAUUGGUAUUCCUGUGAGACCAAUUUUGUGACUGCUUCACAAGAGCCCUGGGAAUAUAUUCAUUGCACAAAAGAAGGAUGGUCACCAGCAGUACCAUGCCGCAAAACAUGUUCAAAAUCAGAGAUAAUAAUUGAAAAUGGAUUUUUUUCUCAAUAUGAACUUACAUAUUACUUAAAUAAAGAAACACAGUAUCAAUGUAAACCAGGAUAUGUAACACCAGAUGGUAAAACUUCAGGAUCGGUUACAUGUCUGAAAAGUGGAUGGUCACCUCAACCCACAUGUAUUAAAUCUUGUGACAUGCCAGCAUUUGAGAAUGCCAAAGCCAAAAGCAAUGUCACGUGGUUUAAACUCAAUGACAAGUUGGACUAUGAAUGCCACGAUGGAUACGAAAGCCAAGAUGGGCGCGCAGGUUCAAUAGUGUGUGGUAACGAUGGUUGGUCUCAUAAACCAAUAUGUUAUGAAAAAGAAUGCAAGAUUCCUGAAAUAGAAAAUAACUUAAAUACUCAGCCCAAAAAAGAAAAAUAUAAAGUCGGAGAUGUGUUGAAAUUCUUCUGCAGACAAAGACUUAAAAGAGUUGGACCAGAUUCAGUUCAGUGUUACGACUUUGGGUGGUCCCCUAAUCUUCCAACAUGUAAAGAGCAAACAAAACAGUGUUCUCCACCUCCUCAACUCCUUAAUGGGAAAGUUAAAGAAACACAGAAAGAAAACUAUGAACACAACGAUUUGGUGGAAUAUGUGUGCAAUCCUAGAUUUCUGAUGAAGGGUUUUAAUAAAAUUCAGUGUGUUGAUGGACAGUGGACAGACUUGCCUAUUUGUAUUGAGGUGGAGACUACAUGUGGAGAUAUACCAGAACUUAAUUACGGCUACGCUGUUCAGACUUCUAACCCUCCCUAUCACCACGGAGAUUCAGUGGAGUUCAAUUGCAGAGAAGGAUUCACAAUGAUUGGACAGAAAUCAAUUACAUGUAUAAGGGGAUUAUGGACCCAACUUCCUCAGUGCAUUGCAACAGAUGAACUUCAAAAGUGUAAACACAGCUUAACUAUACGUGAGGCGAAUCCAUUAUACAAGACCGAAUUUGAUCAUAAUGAGAAGAUAAGUUACAAAUGUAGAGGAAAAUUAGAACAGAAACACUCAACGUGCAUAAAUGGAAGAUGGGAUCCUGAACUAACCUGCACAGAAGUACAAAUGCAGUCAUGCCCACCUCCACCUCAGAUUCCCAAUGCUCACAAUAUGGCAACGACGGUAAAUUAUCAGGAUGGAGAAAAAGUAUCUGUUGUCUGUCAAGACAAUUAUAUAAUUCAGGAUGCAGAGGAAAUCGUGUGCAAGGAUGGAAGAUGGCAGUCAAUACCACACUGCGUUGAAAAAAGCCCAUGUCCUCAACCACCUCAGAUAGAACAUGGAACCAUUAAAUCAUCUCAAUUUUCAGAAGAGAUGGAUGAAACAUUGAAACCUGAGGUUUAUGUACAUGGCACCAAAUUAAAAUACACUUGCGAGGAUGGUUUCAGGAUAUCUGGAAAAGAUGAGAUAACGUGCCACAUGGGAAAAUGGAGUUCUCCACCUCGGUGUGUAGGACUUUCUUGUGCGCCACCACACUUGAUUCCACAUGGUAUUCUAUCUCACGUAUCAGACAGUUACCAAUAUGGAGAAGAAGUAACGUACAAAUGCACCGAAGGUUUUGAGAUUAAUGGACCUGCAUUCAUAAGAUGUAUAGGAGGAAAAUGGUCCCAUCCACCAGAGUGCAAAAACACGGAUUGUUUUAGCUUACCCGACUUCGGUAAUGCCACACCCAUAGGCCAGAAGAAGACGUCAUAUAGGUCAGGAGAAAAAGUGACUUAUAAAUGUCCAAAUAAUUACCUUUUGGAUGGACCAAAUACUAUCCAGUGUAUUAACAGCCAAUGGAUAGGAAAGCCAGUAUGCAGAGAUCCUAAUGAAAACUGUGGGCCCCCUCCGCCUCUUGACAAUGGAGACAUGACCACAUUCCCAAAAUCAGAAUAUCCUCCAGGAUCAUCAGUUGAGUACCGGUGCCAGUCCUUGUAUGUGCUUGAGGGAAACAAGGUCAUCACAUGCAGAUAUGGACAGUGGUCAAAACCACCAAAGUGCUUAGAUGUAUGUAUAAUAUCAGAAGACUCCAUGGAAAGACAUAACAUACAAUUACGAUGGUCUUCUGUGAAAAAACUGUAUUCCCCAACAGGGGAUACUGUUGAAUUUGAAUGUAAAACUGGAUAUCAUAGACAGACAUCACAACAAACAUUCCGAGCAACCUGUUGGGAGGGGAAGCUGACCUAUCCUGUUUGUGUAAAAAGCCAUGGUUAAGAUGCAGUCCUAAAACUAAAAUAUGUACAAUAUUGAGAAUUUUUCAUUGUCAAUCCAACUCAGUUUAUUUUGUCAAGUGUUAUUUAGCUCAUUUACUUUCAUAAAUCAGAAUUUGUGUUAAAUAUUA